AUGUGCCCGGCUGUCCCCGCCCCACUCCGGCCGACCCGACCGAUUGGCGGCCCGGCCCCCCAUUCGGUCCCCGGCCUCCGCGGCCCUGCUACGCCUCCGGUGCACCUCGGCCUUCCCCCGGUCUCUGUGACCUUCGCUUCCGUGACCGCCUCCGAGUCGGUGUCCUCUGCCAGGCUGCUUUGCUCGUCUCCUGCGCUCUAUCCACCACUCUCGUCUUCAAACCAUGCAAGCGCGACCGCGCUGUCCCACAUUCCAACACCCGAUGUGGAUCGACAUUAA